GGGAGUUACUUGGAUGAGAGACGAAAGACGACGGAGCUGUCAAACACCAACAAUCGACUGAAAUAUUAUCCCGGGCGGUACAAAAACACGGUCAUUUGGUCAUUUGUGGAUACAAGGACAACAUAAGCAGUCUCUGAAUUGAUUGUGACACUUGAGCCUUUGGGAAUUUGGACUUUUCAAUCGUCGCGACGAGAAACUUCUUGUUUGUGUGUGUUUGCAGGAUCCAGGGGCUAAUGUCUGUUAGCUCUCUGCUCAGCUCCAGUUUUGUUGACAAACUAGCCCGUCCGCUAGUCACGAAGCUAGCCUCGGUCCCAACCCUGCUGUUUUGGCGUUAAUUGGACGUUUUCUUCAAAUGGCACCUGGUAAAAGACACGAAAACGAGUUUGCACUGUUACUGCAAACACCUCUAUGAAAUAAAAACAGUGCCUGUCCCCUCGGUUUGUUCCAUUAUUUCAAAACUCUGAAGAAUGAGAGGUCUCCAGGGAUACAACAUACCUCUGUCAAACAUGUGAAAUCCUUAUUUGGGUGAAGUUCUCAGUUACAAGCAGUGAUGAUUUGGAUUACUUGGAAAAUUCUUGGGUUCAGAUUCAGAAACAGAAGUCUAUGUGUGUGAUAUAUUUUCUCCCGCAACACAAACUGUGCAAAUACUGUUCUGCCGUGAAACCCUCGGCUCCGCGAAAACCAACCAGUCCACUUGUCAUGCGGGUACAUUACAGAAAAACACCCAUAAUACCCUCACUGGUACCACCGUCAUUCACGUCACCAUGGAACGGAAUAAACGCAACUCCAUUGCUGGGUUUCCUACACGACCUGAACGCCUCAAUGAGGACAGAGAUGAUAUCGGAGGGGUAGGAGUGUGUGAGAUGGGAAUGGCUCCACCUUUGCAGGUGUCUUCCCCAUCAUCCUACCGAGCCCUCAUCAGUGCCUUCUCCUGUCUUACACGCCUUGAUGACUUCUCCCGCGAGUGGAUUGGCUCAGGAUUUUUCUCUGAUGUAUUCAGGGUACGUCAUCGAGCUUCAGACCAAGUUAUGGCUCUGAAGAUGAACAAGCUCAGCAGUAACAGGGCUAAUAUGUUGAGAGAAGUCCAGCUAAUGAACCGGCUUAAUCAUCCAAACAUACUCAGGUUUAAAGGAGUUUGUGUCCAUGAGGGCCAGCUUCAUGCUCUCACAGAGUACAUCAAUGGUGGGAACCUGGAGCAACUUCUGGACAGCAACAAACACCUGAGCUGGCCAACCAGGGUGAAAUUAGCCUGUGAUAUCGCCAGCGGUCUGGCCUACUUGCACUCUAAAGGCAUAUUCCACCGGGACCUCACCUCCAAGAACUGCCUGAUCAAGAGUGAUGACGGCAUGUACACAGCAGUGGUGGGAGACUUUGGCCUGGCAGAAAAGAUCCCUACCAAUCUCGCUGAAGGAGAGAAGCUUUCAGUGGUUGGGUCUCCUUUCUGGAUGGCUCCGGAGGUGCUGAGAGAUGAACCCUACAAUGAGAAGGCCGACGUGUUCUCCUAUGGAAUAAUCCUGUGUGAAAUCAUCGCAAGGAUUCAGGCCGACCCCGACUUUCUUCCCCGCACAGAGAACUUCGGCCUGGACUAUCACACAUUCCAGCACAUGGUUGGAGACUGUCCGCCUGACUUCCUCCAGCUGGCCUUUAACUGCUGCAAUAUGGAUCCUAAACUCCGUCCAUCCUUCUCAGACCUCGUCAGGCACCUCGAGGAGAUUUUCGCACGCCUUAAAGUUGAAGAUAUGGAGCACGAGUGUGUCCUGCUCACUGGGGACAAUGACAAGAAAACCAUAGCCAAAGGGGAGAAGAUCCAAGGCUUCAAGCGAGGGAAUCCUCUUGGUUUCCAGAACGAUAAAAUCCCUCCUAAAUCACCCCGCCCCAGACGAAACAUCUGGCUCAGCCGCAGCCAAUCGGACGUCUUCUCCUGCAAGCCAGGAAGAAAAGUCAAUGUCCAGGACCCUUACUAUAACCCCCCUACUGCCAAGAGAGCCUCCAAAGCCCGCAAGAUCAACCCUUUUACAGCCCGAGAAGAUCUGUGCGGGGGGAAGAUUAAGUUUUACGAUGUGCCCAGCAAGUCUGUCUUCUCCCUGGUGUUUGACCUCCACUCGCCACCUGGAAGUGUGUUCAGUAACCAACCAUGUGCUCUCGGGCCCGGAAGAGCCCAACAAGAGGCGUCUUAUUACUGGCAGCAGCUGCCGGGAAGACAGUGUCACUCCUUACCGGUAUCGCCCCAGCUUCCUCGCUCUGAGAUCUUCCACCUCGCCGCUGCUGUUAGCACCAACAACGGUUCUGUUAACUGUAACUCCAGUCAGCUGUCCACAACUCUUCUAGGUACUAACUCACGGUCUGAUGCAGGCCAAAUGGGAAAUGACAUCCGGCAAAAGGUGGCGCUGAGCAGCUGGACGAAGAAAUAUGUCGUGGUUGAAAUCCCACCCUACUGCGGGCAGAGAAGAGGGGAGGACGACGGGGAGGUAGAGGGAAGUAAGGAGGACUCGUUAAGGGAGAGCUGGUCUCCGAUGAUCCCCAGCAGUGAGAGAGACAGUGGAGAGGCCAUGGACUGCUCGAGCAGCCCGGAGGACGAGCAGGAAUGGGAACGGGGGACAAACACAUGCCCAAUGUAAUGCACCCGCGCAAAAUGCGUCAACACACUGAGGUGGUGGAAAAGAAAGUGGGGAGGACUCUGACUCCACAGAGGCAGCCGAAAACGGCUUUUAAAAGUAGACUGGACACAUUUCAAAUUUUUUUGGAGAAUAAAAGAUAAAAGGAAAAAUCACUUGAUUGUGAUCUUUCAAGUGAAUGUAUCACCUGUUGACUCAAUCAAGCACACUUGAUUUGGAUAAAUAAUUAUUGUUCAAAGUUUCCACCCAGGUGUGAAAGUCAGCAAUAGCACAAAAAGCUUUUUAUCAACACAACGGACCCUCUGCAUAGAGAUUAUUUUUCUGAAAAGGUUGUUUGUAUUUAAUAUUGUGAGAUGUAGAUUUUUUUCUUUUUCCUCUAGUCAGUGUUUUGUCUAUGAGGAGAGGUAUUGAAGAGCCAUUGUGUUGUGUUUAGGUUUUGAUACUUUUUGUGUUCAUUGAGAAACAAAUGCUUAUACUGAAUCAAAAACCCCCGCAUCAGAUUUACAAGACCGUACGCUGAUAUUCAGAUGAGAACGUGCCUAAAAGCACUCACGAGACCGAUGUUUAAUCUCUCCCCCAGGAGAAAAAGGGUGACAGAGUUAAGGGUUUGUCAGUGAUUUCUCUGUGAAAUUGGGAAAAGGGUGGUUCCUCACUGCUCAUUCCUGCCAAUUUAAAAAAACAACCUGGUGUCAGGCGACUGAAAUCUUUCAGGAACAUUUCUUGUUCUUUUGACAUUUUUUAGCCCGCUAACUUUAAAGUACAGAAAAAAGAGGAGAGAUAAACUAGUCAAACGAAAGCCAGCCAGUCUAAGCAUUUUUUAUUUCUACCCUCUGUAGGCAAACAUAGAUAUUGUAAUAAAUGUCUUGUACAUCUGUCAGGCCAGAUUUCCAAAACAGUCCCUCCAAAAAAGAAGCAAGCCAAAACACAGGUUAUUUACUUGGAUGUGUUCCAACUCAAGACAAGUUUAAAGCCACACGAUGCAAAUUUUAAAGAGCAAAACUUAAAUAAAAAGCCAAAUCUGAGAUCAUACCACGACAAAGGCUGAAAAUCCUUCCACGCUAUGCACUGAAUUAUCCCUGGAUUCAGAAGGAUAUCUGGAUCUAGCUUCAUAUACAUCUCAAAAAUAUAUCACAACUCUGUCUCCCAGUUUUGAUCAUGUAAAGUUUUGAUGCAAAGUUUCCAGUUUUUCGCCAUCUCUCGCUGGUGAUAAAUCCUUCCAAAAAUUCCCGCAUCUAGAUUUGUACGUACUCCAAAAAUUUAUCACUUCUGAGUUUGCCAAGUCUCACCACUGAUUUAAAAAAAAAAAAAAAAAAAAAAA